AUGAAGAUCACACUUUCAGCCCUGUUGGGCUUUGUUGCGAUAGCUGCAUCCGCUGAUCUCCGUAUUCGAACUUCGAGCGGUACUGUGCAAGGAGGGGUUAACGGCACAUAUCCCAAUGUCCGCCAAUUUUUGGGUAUUCCAUUCGCCCAGUCUCCCGAUGGAGAUCGCCGCUGGUUGCCUCCCCAGUCGCUCCCUCCAACUGCCACCUCAAAGCAUAUCGAUGCGACCACAAUGCCUCCUGCCUGCCCGCAAAAAACAACCGGCACGGUAUUCGCGAAAUAUGAACCAGAAAUUAUCAUCGCUGGAGGAAUGAGUGAAGACUGUUUGACUCUGAGCAUCUGGGCUCCAAACAACGGCAAGACCAACCUACCCGUGAUCAUUUGGCUCUAUGGCGGAGAAUGGGUUUCUGGCGGAACAGACGUGCCCGCAUGGUAUCCAGCUCCCUGGAUUGAGCGCUCUCAGGAGCACAUCGUGGUUGCUGUGCAGUAUCGUGUCAAUAUUUUCGGUUUCCCAGCUUCAAGGGCACUUGGGGAACAGAAUUUGGGUAUUCUGGACCAGCGCGCCGGUGUUGAAUGGGUUCAUAAAAAUAUUGCUCAGUUUGGAGGCGACCCGGAGCAGAUGAUCCUCUGGGGUCAGAGCGCUGGAGCAGGCAGUGUUGAUAUUCAAAACUUUGCCUACCCUGACGAGCCUAUUGUCCAAGGGUUUGCUGCUGACUCUGGUUCGGUUUUCCUGACGCUUGAUACCCGUUCGACAGACACUGCAGGAACAAACUUCUCGUCAGUUGCUUCAUACUUUGGCUGCUCUGGCUCGGCUCAAGACGAGCUGAACUGCUUGCGCAAAGUUCCCGCUACCAAGAUCACCGCUUAUCUUGACACGACAAACGGCUCUAGCCUCACAUUUGCUCCUUUCAUCGACGACCGAAUUAUCUUCGACAACUAUACCGAGCGUUACCUGGGAAACCACCUCUCCGACAAACCUGCCAUAUUUGGCUCCAACCUGGACGAGGGUACUCUUUGGUACGAUGCCACUGAUAGUGCUGCGGCCAAGGCCAUGACCCUUUCGACCUUUGAAUGUCCCGUCCCCUACUCCACUGCUCUGCGACAAUCCCUCGGUUUGACAACCUACCGUUACCAGUACCGCGGCAACUUCACCAACAUUUCGCCCGAGUCUGGGCUAGGGGCUUACCACACAGCUGAGCUGCCACUCAUUUUUGGCACUUCCAACAUCUAUGGCUCUGACACUCGCUUCGAGAAGGUUGUCAGCGCUAAGAUGCAAGAUUUGUGGCUGGCAUUUGCGAAGGACCCCGAUAGCGGACUGGCUCAGCAAGGCUGGCCUCGAUCGACGAGUGGGGAAUUAUUGGUACUGGCCAACACCGUCAACAACACAGUCUCCUCGAUCAUUGCUGACAGUGUUAUCGACGAUGCUUGUACGAGCUAUUAUUCCUUGUACUUGGUUUAA